GAAUUCCUCGCCGCCGUCUUCGUCCACCAGAACCAUGGCCUCCGACACCGCCUCGGCAGUUCCGUCGUCUGUGGUCUCAGCUGCCGAGGAGACGCUCGGAUAUACCGAAUCCGUAGGGGACCAUCUCUCCCAUCUGCUCGCGGCGGCGGCGGCGGACCCCGACGCCGUGGCCGAGCUCCCACCCCUUCUCCGGGCGCGCGCUUUCCUUGCCUUGGCGCAGGCCGCGACCUCCCUUCUCGGAGUUCGUUUAAGGUGUUCGGGAGUUGACCCUGACGAGCACCCCAUCAGAAAGGAGUUUGAAAGGUUAAGCCUAAUGCAGGAGAAGUUAAAUCAAUUUGAGAACUGGGACAAAGCACCACUUCGCCCUUCUACUACACUAAAUACACAAGCAGCAGCAAGGUUCAUUGGACACUCACUUUCCCAUCUGACAUCCGAUCAGAAGAGGAGCAUGCAUGAAAUAAGUAGAGGAGAAAGGCGGAGUUGGUCUGGGCAGAAGAGAAAGCCUGAACCUUCAGUAGAAAAGAAGUCUGUUCGUGCUGCUGCAGAAGAGUUCCUUGCAAAGGCUUCUCAGGAACUUAUUGGACAUAGUGAUAGCAGGGUCAAGGGUCCUGUUAUACUCAUUUCUGAUGAAGAUGAGGACUAGAUCAAAAAAAUGGGCGCUUACCAGAUUACAUGCCUGAUUCAUCGGCUAGGAUAAAGGAAGGUAGAAGUUCCUGGUGAUGAAGAUAAACUUAUGUACAUUGCUGUGGUGAUGAAGAUGAAUUUAUCUGCAUUGCUGUGUUGUUCUACAUGUAACAGGGAAUGGAGCAAAGCUGCAUAGGCUUGCUUAAUUCCCCAGUUCUGGGAGCAAUUGGCCUCGAAUCUUGAGUGCAAUUUAUCUGAGUUUCUUUCCGGAAAGAAUUUUGACAUUCUAUUUGCUAGUGGAACUGGAGCAGCAA